AAUGCGGAUGGCGCGUGCCAAGCAUGUAUACAAGUUUUAACUACUAUUCAAAUUAAAGCAAAGCAGUCGCACUACGUUGAUUCGUCAUGGAGAUAUUUGGAAGCAACUUUGAUGACUCUGUGUUUUCGGAAGCGAAAGACCGAGGCACCAUGUUUGUGUCUUCUUAUAACGCUAAACGCUGCGAGCCGGAGUGGUUCUGUGAGAGUGCUGCUCUCGACACAGAUGAUUCUUUGGAGAAGCAGAAAGUUUUUAAAUUUCGAGGUGACCUGGCUGUGAGGCAAGGCAAUUACCAGGCAGCCCUGGAUGCGUACAGCAGUUGUCUGGAAUGGAUCGCCGACAACAAUUUAUCUAUUAAGAGAGAUAUAUUGGAGGGAAUGGCCCGAUGUUGCGCCAAGCUGGGUGACCGAGGCAGAGCGAUGGACUUGGUUGACAUCCUGAGCAAAGAAGCUUCAAACACGUGUCACUUGACCAGCCUGCUGAUGCUCAAGGUCAGCAUCUAUCAACAUUUUGGAGCCAUCGGUCCCAGGAUGUUAUCUCUGCAGGAGCUGUGCAGCUUGUUGCCCUAUAACCCCUGGAACUGGUUCAGCCUGGGAAAGAUGUGUCUGCAGCUGCUGGAGCACCACACAACCUUGGAGAAGAAGGGAAGAGAAGCUGAAGACGCUGUCGAUCUCACAGAAAGCAAACUGUGGCUGAAGGCUUGUACGUCUUUCAUCAGGACCAGACUUCUGCUGAAAGUCCUACAGCAGCAGCAGUCAUCUUUUGUGCGCCAGCGCAACAAAAAUGUCCUCCAUUCACUGGAAGAAGCCUUAAAGCAUCUUAACGCCAACGAAAGCACCCUGCAGACUCUCACUGAGGUGAUGUCAGAGGACCUGAACCCAGAGAAGAUGAAGGAGGACUACCAAGACGGCGAGAGUCUGUCCAGUGUGUGCUUGCAGAGCUUCAGUGAACGCUGGUGGAACAAAAUCUUACAGACGGGAAUUCUGGAGGCUGAUGGACGAGGCACGCAGAGCGGCACAACGUUGUGAUGCUCCUGCAUGGCGGACAACAACAAAAACAUUCUACUGGUCUCAAGUGAGAGGAGAACCUGGACUUUGUCCCAAUUGUUGCCGGGAGUGACAUAAAGAACAGCAUAGAUUUUGCAUUUUAACUUCAUAUGAUGUUCCCUGAAGUAUUCGUGUGUACCGUCCUGUGAAGUGAAACAGUGAGUGGGCUCGAAUGUGUCACAUGAUUGCAUCACAAGAUUGUAUGUGAGAAACAAAGAUAUAUUUGUAAAUAUUUUUUUCCUACAUAAAAAUCCUAUCUAUGCCUCAGUUAUGGAAUUAAGUUAAAUGAAUGUUUCUAUUUUUUUUGUUUUUUUUUAAAUCGCUCUUGCUUUUGUGCUUUAAAAACAAAGUACAGUCAAACCUUGGUUUUUCUUAACCCCAGUUUUCAUAUGAUUCAGGUUUUAAUCCAGUGAGGUUCUUUUGGUCCUUCAUUAAUACAUCCAAAACAGUUCUUUUGUUCAAGAACUGUUUAGAAUGAUAAACGUUUUAUCAGAUUUUCCCCAAAAGUGUGCCUCUGUUUUUGUACAGCAUUGCACGUAACAAAGUAUGUCAUGUAUGCCCUGUACUGUAUUGCGUCUGUGUAGGCUCUCAGUCGUACAGGAGUUGUCCAUCGAGGAAAAGGCUUCUUGAGACGUCAUCUGUACUUCUG